AAUUUUUUCAGCUAAUACAUAUUCAUCAUGGCGCUGUUCAUGCAGCUACAAAAGGUAUCAAGUCAGUUAUUUAACAGAUGUGCACCUCAAAAGUUAUGUGUUCGCUACAAAUAUGUGAACAGAACUGCAUUGAAAAGAAACAGACGGAAGAAGAAUGACAUGUCCUGGGCAGCAGACUUGUUAAAUUACCAAAAAAAUGUAUUAAAAGAACAGCCUGAGCCCUCACCACUUCAUCUGGUUAAAAGAAUUAAACCAUUACAUGUAUUUGGACGGCCCAAAAAAGAAAAAACUAUGUUGGAGAAAAUCGGAUUUACAUCAAAGCUAGGUUCUAAGAAUGCACCAAAUGCAGUCAUUGUGAAGAACACUCCUACAAUAAACAAUCAGCUAAUGCUCAUUAAGCACUUGGUUACCGUCACUCCCAUCACAUUUCCAUAUGGAUAUCCUGAAAGCGAGGCAGACUUCGAACACUGUCGCCUAAAUGACAAUGGAGAAUUCAUUUUUGUGAAAGACAUCACGCCUAAAGAGGAACAACAGAUGUUGCCCAUGGAGCCCAAGACAGAAACUGUGUGGGACAUGGAUUCAGAAACUAUUAAGAAACAUACAGAGAAAAUCCGAAGAGACAUGAGUUUGAAUGAGGAGUUCUUUACAGUUGAUCCUGUAUACAAACUGAACCAAGACGGGAAGGAAUACAGAUAUUUUGGUGAUAAAUCAAAUGAAGGCAUUAAACACCACAAUGAAUUAAUUGAUCACAAAGAUGGCUCAAAGAAAAUGUCCUGAAUACAAUACACAAGAUAUAACUUUUAUUGUAUUAAAUGUAAUUUUGAACUAAA